UUAAGCAUGCUGGGAUCGCCUUCAGGAGAAAAUGUGUGUUAAACAAAAAUUAUUGUUACUAGGUUCAUUUGGAGGCCUGGUGGCUUAGUGGUUAAGAGCUGGGCUGCUAACCAGAAGGUUGCCAGUUUGAAUCCACCAGCUACUCCUUGGAAACCCUGCUGAGCAGUUCUCGUCUGUCCUAUAGGGUCACUUUGAGUCGGAAUUGACCGGAUGGCAACAGGUUUGGUUUUCCUUUUUUUAGGAUCAGUUACUUCCCUGAGAGCACUUUGAUUGCUAGAAGAGAGCAACUGCUUUUAAGCAUUGGUUCAGAUAUUCCUUCAUUGGUCAGAUAUUUGAGUGCCUACUGAGUGCUAGGGGGCAGUGGUGGUUCACUGGUAGAAUUCUCACCUAUGCAGGAGACCUAGGUAGGAAACCAGGUCAGUGCAGCCACCACCCGUCUGUCAGUGGAGCUUGUAUGUUUUUAUAUUGCUGAACAGGUUUCAGCAGUUUCCAGACUAAUUGGGACUGGGAAGAAAGGUCUGGCAAUCUGAUUCCAAAAAUCAGUCAGUGAAAACCCGAUAGGUCACAAUUGUCCUAUCCUCAACUGAUUGUGUAGGUAGCACAGGACUGGCAGCAUUUUAUUAAGUCAUACGUGGGGCCACACUGAAUCGGGGGCCAACGUGAGGGCAGCUAACAACGAAGUAUUAGAUCGGAAUACCUCCAACUAAAUGGGACAAAAGUAAUUUCAAUAUAGGUUUGAUAAAUGCAAUAAUGAAGGCUGUCAAAGGGAUUACAAGCUCCAAAAUGGGAGCCAACUAAUUUAGGAGUAGUUCAGGAAACCUCCAGGGAUAGUAUGAUUUAUGAACGUUUUUGCAGUGAGAGAACAGGGUAUGCCAGGAAACAGCAGGUCCAGAGGUUCAGAGGCUAGGUUUGCCAGGAGAGGAGGUAAUCGGACAGCGACGCAGUAGGAGUUGUGAAGCUAGACCCAGAAGGUGGGACCAGAUCCCCAUAAGGAACUAAACAGGCAAACUCCAAUACAGAUUUCUAUGGUAGUCUCUCUCCUUCCCUCCAAAAGCCCACUGCUGUCGAGUCGAUUCCGACUCAUUUCGACCCUAUAGGACAGAGUGGAACUGCCCCAUAGAAUUUUCAAGGAGCGCCUGGUGGAUUUGAACUGCUGACCUCUUCGUUAGCAGCCGUAGCACUUAGCCACUACGCCACCAGGGUUUCCUCCUUCCCUCCACCACCCUUUUAAUUGUCGAUGGCCAUAGUUAAGAAGUCCCGGCCUCUUAGUAUCCGUGAGGGCCUCAGGCGACCCGGCGCAGUGAAUUCUGGAUCGAUGCGGUGUACGCAAUUCACACCUCAUUUCCACCUAGGACGUCUGGGAGAACUGACGACGGGGAACAGGUUGCGUCACGAAACCGGAACUGGAAUAGGGCUUGCUGGAAUUCGAGCAGCUUUCUGCCAUUACAAGGAUGGGGGUGGGGAGAGUUAGGAACGGAGAACGUCUAAAGAUGUCCUUCCGGGGCGCCCAGACUGGACUGGUGAAGAAUGAAACAGGUUGAUACCGGAUGUGUUUCCUCCUAGUCCAACUUCCGGUUUGGGCCGCCGCAGCCGCGGAAGCCUUGACUAAUUUUCUGAGUCUGUGAGUAAGCACGAAGAAGACUCGGGCAGAUUGUGACCAUGGCUGCUGAGUCUGAUGUUCUGCAUUUCCAAUUUGAACAGCAAGGAGAUGUGGUCUUGCAGAAAAUGAAUCUUUUGAGACAGCAGAAUUUGUUUUGUGAUGUAUCAAUUUAUAUUAAUGACACUGAGUUUCAGGGGCACAAGGUGAUUUUUGCUGCCUGCUCCACUUUCAUGAGAGAUCAGUUUUUACUCACCCAAUCAAAACAUAUCAGAAUCACCAUCUUGCAGAGUGCAGAAGUUGGCAGAAAAUUGUUGCUCUCUUGUUAUACUGGAGCACUUGAAGUUAAAAGGAAAGAACUUUUGAAAUAUUUGACUGCAGCUAGUUACCUUCAGAUGGUUCACAUUGUGGAAAAAUGCACAGAAGCUUUGUCAAAGUAUCUGGAAAUUGAUGUUUCUAUGAAAAACAACAACCAGCAUACUGACCUGUGCCAGUCCUCUGAUCUAGAUGUUAAGAAUGAAGAAGAAAAUUCAGAUAAAGACUGUGAGAUAAUUGAAAUUUCAGAAGAUAGUCCUGUGAGCAUGGAUUUCCACGUUAAAGAGGAAAGCAGUGCUUUACAGUCUACAGUAGAGAGCUUGACAUCAGAGAGAAAAGAAAUGAAGUCACCAGAAAUAUCUACAGUGGAUAUAGGCUUUAAAGACAAUGAAAUUUGUAUCCUUAGUGUGGAAUCAAUCAGUACAGCCGGUGCAGAAAAUGAGCAGUUUUCACAGCCUUGUACCUCUUCAAAAGCAAACAUGUAUUUCUCUGAAACUCAGCAUUCACUGAUCAAUUCUACAGUUGAGAAUAGAGUGACAGAAAUUCCUGGGAGUCAAGGCCAGGGCAUAUUUCAUGAGAAUACUGAAGGAAAUCAUGGUACAGUGAAUGAGAUUCAGAAUCUGGAGGAAAGUUAUUCACUGAGGCACCAGUGUCCUAGGUGCCCUCGAGGCUUCCUUCAUGUUGAAAACUAUCUGCGCCACCUUAAGAUGCAUAAACUUUUCUUGUGCUUACAGUGCGGAAAAACAUUUACACAGAAGAAAAAUCUCAACCGGCACAUUCGAGGGCAUAUGGGCAUACGGCCCUUCCAGUGUACUGUGUGCUUGAAAACAUUUACUGCCAAAAGCACCCUUCAGGACCACUUGAACAUACACAGUGGGGAUCGUCCAUACAAAUGCCACUGUUGUGACAUGGAUUUCAAGCACAAAUCUGCCCUGAAAAAGCACUUAACUUCUGUCCAUGGCAGAAGCAAUGGAGAAAAACUACCUAGGCCUGAUCUCAAAAGGCAAAAUCUACUAUAAUUAGAAUCACACACUUGCUAUGUACCAUAUGAAUGGAAUUACAGCUGCUAACCAGAAGGUCAGUACUAUGAACCUACCAGCUGCUCUUCGGAAGGAAGAUGUGGCAGUCUGAUUCCAUGAAGAUACACAGCCUUGGAAGCCCUAUGGGGCAGUUCUACUCUGUCUUAUAGGGUUGCUAUGAGUCAGUAUGGAAACCCUGGUGGUGUAGUGGUUAAGUGCUACGGCUGCUAACCAAAGGGUUGGCAGUUCAAAUCCGCCAGGCGCUCCUUGGAAACCCUACAGGGCAAUUCUACUAGGGUCCUCUAGGGUUGCUAUGAGUCGGAAUCGACUCGACAGCACUGGGUUUGGUUUUGGUUUAUGUGUCCGUAUAGACUCAAUGGCGAUGGGUUUUUUUCAUUUGUUUAACCUUUUGGGACUUUUUUUUUCACUCAACAUAAUGCCUUUGAGGUUAAUUCAUAUUGUGUGUACCAAUGGCUCCUUCCUUUUUUUUUUAUCAUUACUUUUGAGUUGGUAUUAUGUAUUAAUUUUUUAGCUGUCACUAGAUGAAUAGUUUAAACAUUGGUAGCUAUUAGUGACCCCUUAAAUUUUAGUUAGUUUUUUUCAUUUACAUUGAUGUGAUUGUCAUCCGUCACAUGUUGACAAAAAAAUCUCAACCAUCCCUAGAGUUUUAGUCUCUAUUUCCAGAAAUGUGCCAAAAGAAAAACCAUGAUUGUAUGGUUACCUUAGUGAGAGUAAAAUUUCAGAUUGUGUUUGAGCUGUUGCUGUCUGAUAUCCCUAUCUAUGUAAAAUACAAAACAUUUUUUGUUGUUAGGACAAAGAUUAAAAUAUAUUGCAGGGAAAAUCACAUUCUCUAAACACAGGAACUACUUUCAAUAAAAAAGCCUGACAUGGAUGCAUCUUACUUGGAAGAUGUUCUGUUCUUUAUCUACUUACCUCAGUUUUAUGUAGAAUUUCUGCUAUAUUUAAUUUCUAUUGAUGUCCUUUCAUAUUUUCAUAUGUAAUAUACUUUGUACCAUUUAUAAGAAUUUUACUGCUGAAUAAUCAUGUUGAUUUUUAUGAAUGUUAAAUAUCCUUUUUGUGAUACCUUUGUGAAAAAUAUACCCUGCAUAGAAUUUUAACUCUGGAGGAGAUUUUAGAGAAUCCAGCUUUUAUAUUUUACAGAUGAGAAAACUGACUUUAUGACGUAGGUCGCUAGUUAGUGAUAUCAAGUCACUCUCCUUGGUUUUCUCUUAACUUCGUAAGUAAAAUAAUAGUUUAAAAAAAGGUCUUGAUAAUUUGUACAACUGUUGCCAGGUCUAAAAAUCUAUGAUUUUAUAUUUAAUUCUUCCCAAAUCCCUGAGAACAAAGAAAGGAGAAAAGCAAGAGAAGAGAGUUUUGUGUCUUUAUGAAAAUUGGUAUUUGAGUACUCUGUUGGAGACAGAAUUAUUCUAAAGUAUAUGGUGUUUUUCUUCCACUGGAGAAAAAUCCUCAGCACUUAAUUUUCUUUCUUAUUUUACUUAUGAUUGGCCAUUUAUAGGCAUGGAACUAUAUCCCUUUCAGAAGUAGUGUACUUGUGAUUGAAGUAUUUUUCUUAUUUUUGCUUCCUAGGAUGAAAUUUUUGGAGGGAGGGGUAUAAAUGGGAGGGAGAGGGCAAAAGAACAGUAAUAAAUGGUUUUUUAAUAAACUUGUGUCUAUGAUCUUGGGUGUUUAAAAAAAAUUCACCAUUGAAACUAUGUCUAAAUUUUUGUGUGCCUUGUAAGAUUGUUGUGAAUUUUUUUUUGUAAUGCACUUUGAGACUUUUUUGUGUGGGGGGGAGGGUUGUUUUGUGAAAGUGAUGGAUGUUAUUUAUUAUUAUUUAUUUCUGUUCAGUAGCACAGAGUGAUCUCAAAAAAUUCCUAAAAGAGUAUCUGUUUGCAUGAUAUGUCUAAAUUCAGGAAAAUGGAAUCUUUUUUUAAAAUGCAGGCAUGGCAAAGUAUAGAAUUUGUUCAUUUAAAACAUUCUCUUUUAGUUGUCUAUGUUUCUGGUAUUAAAGAAACUGCAAGAUAUGUUUGAGUUACAUCUCUUCCUUUACUGCAUUUAUGUAUAAAAGAUCAUGAAACGGUAGUUGUUACUUUGUUAUAAGAGAAAAUCCUUGUUUUCUUUCUUUGAAUGUAACUAUCAUGUCUUUACAUAAGAAAUAAUAAACUGGAGGUGGGAAUAGAGGGCUUUGUGUUUCUUCGACAUCUGUGAAUUUUAAAGAAGGAAAGAAUUUCUCCUGGCUGUUUAUUUAACCAGGAGUCCUGGUGGGGCAGUGGUUAAAGCGCCCAGCUGCUAACUGAAACAUUGGCAGGCAGUUCAGACCCACCAGCCGCUCCAUGGGAAGAAGAUGUGGCAGUCCGCUUCCCUAAAGAUUUACAGCCUUGGAAACUCUAUGGGGCAGUUCUAUUCUGUCCUACAGGUUGCUAUGGGUUGGAAUCAACUUGAUGGCAACAGGUUUGGUUUUGGUUUUAUUCAUUUACUAAUCAUUGGGUAAUCAUUCAUCAACAAAUAUUUACUGAGUUCCUACAAUAUGUACUUGUACUAAAAAUUAGGUAUACAGACAAAAAUCCUUGCUCUCAUGGAACUUCUAGUGGUAAGAGACAAACUGUAACAAGUAAAAUCAAUGUCAGAUUUUGAAAAGGAGUUUGAAGAAAACUGGGUAGAAAAUGCCAUGGGAGGGGAGACAGUAUUGUAAUUUUUAAUAUGGUGAUCAAGCUACCUUUGAAAAAUCCUAUUACCAAGUAUAUAAAUACAGCACCCAGCACUGUCCAGUGGAAUGGAAAACAUUAAAUGACCAUUUUGGGGAACCUUUCUGGUAUGAUGAAUUUCAUAAAGAACAGAAAAUGAAAAGGAUAAUGCAUGGAAAGAAAAAUCUGACUGGGCUAAUGAAUCUUUUAAGGAAAUAAUACACUGAAUUUUCCUAUCACACAAACAGUAAUGACCAUACUUUUUUUUUCUCUCUCUUUAAAGCUUAUAGUUUAUAAGGUACUUUCCCACUUGUCUUCUAAUUUGUGGUAGGUUUACUUCUAGCGAUGCUUUUUUUGGACAUCUGGUUUCACACUGAUCUUAAGUUUAAUUAAAAUUCGUAGCUAUUUUCUUAACCUAUGUUCUUCAGUUUCUUAGUAACGACGAAUAUGUAGUAUCUACCUUUUAGGAUUAUUUUGUGGAGUCAAUGAAACAAAAUAGUAAAAAUGAAAUAUUUCUUAUCUAACAGGACCUGGCACUUGGUAGUUCAUAUGUGAUUUCCUUAUGUUAAUUUCCUUACCCCGUCCCAGUUUUUUCUUUAUGUAUAUUUUUUAAAAAGAUUAAUUCCUCCCUUACAGUUUGCUGUGAAAAAUCCUUCAGCAAAUAUUUAUUGAGCUAUUAAUGCCAGAAUUUGUGCUUGAUUUUUGAUCCCUGUUAACUUUUGAGUUGUUUUCUCUUUGAUAAGAGAUAAGGUACGUGGAAGUGGCUGCCAAAUUUUAUUUUAAUUGGGAGAUUUCCUGGCACCUAUGUGGAUUGAGGGAUCUGGUCAGCACUUAAUUGGGGAAGGGUGAAGUAGAAUGCGGAACCCUGGUGGGGCAGUGGUUAAAGCACUCCACUGCAAACCAUAAGGUCGGUUGGAACCCACCAGCCACUGUGUGAGACAAAGAUGUGGCAAUCUGCUUCCAUAAAGAUUUACAACCUUGGAAACCCUGUGGGGCAGUUCCACUGACAAAUGGUAGUAUGAUUUGUAAUCAACUUGGUGGCAACGACUGGAAGUAAAAUAGAACACAUAUAUCAGAUUCUAAUCAAUGGAUACUACGUUUUUCACGAGAGAAGACAAGACACUUGCUUCCAGAACCUGUGUCAAUCAGGCCGAUUCCGGAGCUGAUGAAUGUGCAGGGAGUUUCCCAUCAACCCUUUCGGCUUACCGAGGCCUUCUAACAGUGCUUCCCACAGUGCUCCGGGUCUCCCUCGACACGUGAUCGGCGUGGUUAGGCUCCACCAGAGGGAAGCUGAAGCGCAAUUUUGGUGACCAACAGGGGCUCU